UGCUGAAGGCUGAAAGCAGCAGCGGGCUCACAGCUGCUCGCAGUCCGGCUCAGACUCGCACGGGCCACGCGCACCAGGCGGCUGCAAAAUACAAACUUUAGUAAAAUCUUCUUGCUUUGGCUUUGUCGAAGAUGACGUAACGUCGAAGGGAGUCUUUGUUGGGCAGGGAUCGGCUGACGAGUGAGAGACGCUCCUCCUUAUCUCCGACCACAAGCGCCGUCAGCACUUUGCAGGUGGGAGGUCGCCAACCGGUGGGCCCGUUUCUCCCAAAUGCACCGUCUUCCCCGCAGCCUCAUCUAAGAUGGCCGCCUGUGGCCUUCUCCUGAAUCCCAACGGACUGGAGCAGACCUGCGUGUUACCAUGGUGAUCAUUUUCUUGAAAACACUGGAAAAGAAGAAGGGUGUCGAUGAUGUGAGGUCCAACAACACAGAGAGACGGCCGCAUAAGUUCCACAGCAUGAGCAAAGGGACCACCCUCCUCUCCCGUGGAACCGUGGAGGCAGAUAGGUGGCUGGACCUGGGGCAAUCCUGUGCCGUCCAGCGGAGAGCUCCCUGCCAGCCCGGCGCCAGUCUGGGGAGCCUUUGGGGUCCGAUGCCCGGGCCGGGGGGCUGGCCCUGGGCCAAGGAGCCGGGCAGCGCCUCUGCAAUCACCAGCCUGAUAAGAGAUCUGAGCCUAAGCAACAGCGGCGUGACCACCCCCAUGACCACCACGUCCACCACUGCUGAGCACACCACUGCAGCCACCUGCCGAGCGCCCACGGCGCCGCCGAGCAAACGCCAGUGUCGCUCCCUGUCGCUCUCCGACGAACUCACUGGCUUCCGGUCGUCCUGGAGGCCCCAAGGCUCCCGAGUGUGGACGACGGUGGAGAAGCGAAGGUGCCACAGCGGGGGAAGCGUUCGGGGAGCAGCGCAGAGUUUCUCCGGCGGUCAUCCGCCCGCCAUGCAGCGUAGCUCCAGCUUGAGUCUGCCCUCGCGCCCCAGCGUACCCUCGGAUGGAGCCAUGGAGCUGGCAUUCUUCCACCAACCGCUGCCUCCACACCCUCAGUUCACUGCCUCUCCAGUGUCCCCGACCUCUCCGUCCUCACACCAUCACCACUCCCGCCAUCCCCACUUCCUCAGGCCCCUGUCGCUCUCCCACGAGCAGAUCAGCCUGCCAGAGCUCCAGCGGGAGGAGGAGGCGUCGGAGGCCAGCUCCCCAGACUCCACCCCGGAGUUGGGGAGGCGAGCCGGCCCGAGAGCCCGGCCCGUGGGGCGUCUGUCUCGGAGCAAGUCCCAACCCUGCGUGCUGAACGACAAAAGGGUCGCUGUGAAGCGCAGAAGACCGGAAGAGCCGCGGCCCUCCCUGGACCUGGCCAAGAUGAAUCAGAACCGGCAGACCUUUCAGAGCUUGAGCUGCCCCGGAUUCUCAGCCGCCGACGGCCGCCAGCCGGGCCUGCCCCCUCCCUCUUCCCGCCGACCCGAUUCGGACUUCACCGCCGCCUCCGAGUCGGGAGUGGAUUCACGCAAAGGAGCGGCAGGAGGCGACGGGGAAGAGGACUCUUCCUUCGAGGAGCUGGACAGCGACUCGGCCUGCAGCGUGGACUCGCGGCCCUGCACCCCCGUGGGGCCUGCGGGGGGCAAAGGCGCCCUCUGGAAGGGUGCGACACGGAGGGACAUUUUCCAGCUGGGGGGAGAGCUCGAUCUCGAUCAGAUCGAGAGGAACUGAACCUUUUUUUAAAGAGUUAGUCUGGACUGUUGUAGGUUGGACGUUGUUGAUGUACCAAGUGUCGGCUCUUCGGCUGUUAGGAAACGAGUGGACGUUGAAAGGGGAAAGGGACGUGAUGUUUGACAGAGGACUCAUUACGGUGUAAACGAUUGCCUUCUUAAUGACACAUUUGCCUUGAACAUUUGUACUGUUUCAAUCAAAAAGCAGUGACUUCUUUUUAAUUGUCAUUGGGUUUUCAGCUUAACUCAGGAGCGGGGAAGUAAGGGUUGGUCUUAAGAGAGAAAGAAACUCCCAGCCCCCACUUUUCGUUUCAACCUGAUGACCUUUCCAAAGUUGGCUAAGUUUUGUAGCACUGUAGCAGUAGCUGGGCUCGCCUAUGUAUAUUUAAAAAAAAAAUGUCAGCGAGCGGUGAAACAGGGUGGGGGAAUCCACAUAACUCACAGACUUCGACCUUCCUCUUUGUCUCUUGUGCACAGGUGAAAAUCUGAUCUUUUUGCUGAAUGUAGGCUCAAUAAGCUUUAUGUGGCGUUCGGAAUACGACAGUGCCUUCCCGAUGUUUGCUCUAGCGGUUCUCUAGCCUCAAUCGAAGCCACCUUUUCUGACCCUUUUUUUUUUGGUAGUUCCUUAAUAUGCAAAUUGUAUAUUUGAAAUAAACACUGAAUCUCAAGUUUUCAGUUCUAAUACCAAUGUAUAUUUUUCUAAGUAAGUGUAUGUAUGAGUUGUUUGUGAAGGGGAAAGAACACAAGGCCUUUACUCUACACAGAAUGGACGUGAAAUAAAUGUACAACCUGCACGUUA